AUGGGGAUCUCCACCAUUAUCUUUGAAAUAUGUCUUUUGUGGGGUCAAAUCCUUUCUACAGCAUCUCAAACAACUCUUCCCACAUCUGAUGUGCCUUAUACAACUGAACAAACCUCAGAAGGAACAGAUUCUGGUUUGGCUGUGAGACUGGUGAAUGGAGGAGACAGGUGUCGGGGUCGAGUGGAAAUCCUUUACCAGGGUUCCUGGGGCACUGUGUGUGACAACAGCUGGGACAUCGAUGAUGCCAACGUGGUGUGCAGGCAGCUAGGCUGUGGCUCUGUCUUGUCUGCCCCACCAAAAGCCUACUUUGGACAGGGCUCAGGGCCCAUUCUCCUAGAUGAUGUGGCCUGUAGAGGCUAUGAGGAUUAUCUGUGGAGAUGCUCCCACCGUGGUUGGCUCUCUCAUAACUGUGGACACCAGGAGGAUGCUGGAGUCAUCUGUUCAGCUUCACAAACAAGCAGUCCAACACCUGGUUGGCAGAACCCAGGUGUGACAGAUAAUGACGUGUUUUAUACAACUGAACAAACCUCAGAAGAGCUGACUACUCAAGUUCCUGAUUACACAGCAACAGGAACAGAUUCUCCUUUGGCUGUGAGGCUGGUGAAUGGAGGAGACAGGUGUCAGGGUCGCGUGGAGAUCCUUUACCAGGGUUCCUGGGGCACUGUGUGUGAUGACAGCUGGGACAUCCGUGAUGCCAAUGCCGUGUGCAGGCAGCUGGGCUGUGGCUGGGCCUUGUCUGCCCCAGGAAGUGCCCACUUUGGACAAGGUUCUGGGUACAUUGUCCUCGAUGAUGUGGCCUGUAGAGGUUAUGAGAACUAUCUAUGGAGAUGUUUCCACCCUGGCUGGCUCUCUCAUGACUGUGGACACCAUGAAGAUGCUGGAGUCAUCUGUUCUGCAUCUCAAACAAGUGCUCCCACAUCUGGUUGGUGGAACCCAGGGGUGACAAAUCCUUCACUCUUCUAUACAGCUGAACAAACCACAGAAGGAACAGAUUCUGGCUUGGCUGUGAGACUAGUGAAUGGAGGAGACAGAUGUCGGGGACGCGUGGAAAUCCUUUACCAGGGUUCCUGGGGCACCGUGUGUGACGACAGCUGGGACAUCAAUGAUGCCAACGUGGUGUGCAGGCAGUUGGGCUGUGGCUCGGCCUUGUCUGCCCCAGGAAAUGCUUAUUUUGGACAGGGCUCAGGGCCCAUUGUCCUCGAUGAUGUGGCCUGUGGAGGCUAUGAGGACUAUCUGUGGAGAUGCUCCCAUCGUGGCUGGCUCUCUCAUAACUGUGGACACCAGGAGGAUGCUGGAGUCAUCUGCUCAGAUUCUCAAACAAGCAGUCCCACACCUGAUUUGUUCUAUACACCUGAACAAACCUCAGAAGAGCCAACUACUCAAGUUCCUGAUUACACACUGACAGGAACAGAUUCUGGUUUGGCUGUGAGGCUGGUGAAUGGAGGAGACAGGUGUCAGGGUCGCGUGGAGAUCCUUUACCAGGGUUCCUGGGGCACCGUGUGUGACGACAGCUGGGACAUCAAUGACGCCAACGUGGUGUGCAGGCAGCUGGGCUGUGGCUCAGCCUUAUCUGCCCCACCAAGUGCCUACUUUGGACAGGGCUCAGGGCCCAUUGUCCUUGAUGAUGUGGCCUGUAGAGGUUAUGAGGACUAUCUGUGGAGCUGCUCCCACCGUGGCUGGCUCUCCCAUAACUGUGGACACCAUGAGGAUGCUGGAGUCAUCUGUUCAGCUUCUCAAACAAGCAGUCCCACACCUGAUGUGUUCUAUACAACUGAACAAACCUCAGAAGAGCCGACUACUCGAGUUCCUGAUUACACACUGACAGGAUCAGAUUCUGGUUUGGCUGUGAGGCUGGUGAAUGGAGGAGACAGGUGUCAGGGUCGCGUGGAGAUCCUUUACCAGGGUUCCUGGGGCACCGUGUGUGACGACAGCUGGGACAUCAAUGACGCCAACGUGGUGUGCAGGCAGCUGGGCUGUGGCUCAGCCUUGUCUGCCCCACCAAGUGCCUACUUUGGACAGGGCUCAGGGCCCAUUGUCCUUGAUGAUGUGGCCUGUAGAGGUUAUGAGAACUAUCUGUGGAGCUGCUCCCACAGUGGCUGGCUCUCCCAUAACUGUGGACACCAUGAGGAUGCUGGAGUCAUCUGUUCAGCUUCUCAAACAAGCAAUCCCACACCUGAUGUGUCCUAUACAACCGAACAAACCACAGAAGAGGUGACUACUCCAGUUCCUGAGUACACACCAAUAGGAACAGAUUCUGGUUUGGCUGUGAGACUGGUGAAUGGAGGAGACAGAUGUCAGGGUCGCGUGGAGAUCCUUUACCAGGGUUCCUGGGGCACCGUGUGUGACGACAGCUGGGACACCAAUGAUGCCAACGUGGUGUGCAGGCAACUGGGCUGUGGCUGGGCCUUGUCUGCUCCAGGAAGUGCCCACUUUGGAGCAGGCUCUGGGUCCAUUGUUCUGGAUGAUGUGGCCUGUACAGGACAUGAGAACUAUCUGUGGAGCUGCUCCCACCGUGGCUGGCUCUCCCAUAACUGUGGACACCAUGAGGAUGCUGGGGUCAUCUGUUCAGCUGCCCAAAACCAGAACACAGCCUGGCCAGACACGUGGCCUACUUCUACGCCAGAAACUACACCAGAUUGGUUGACUACAACUCCUAUUUAUGGUAAGUUUGGGAUGAGACCAACUCAUAGCUUUCAGCAUUUCAACCAAAAGAUUGGUGGACAACUUCUCAUGCAUUUCUACACUUUUCUGUUUGCAGAGUACACCUGUGGAGGUUUGUUGACCCAAGCCUAUGGGCAAUUUUCCAGCCCAUACUACCCCUCAAGCUAUCCUAACAAUGCCAGAUGUUUGUGGAAAAUUUUGGUCCCCAGCAUGAACCGUGUGACAGUGGUCUUCACAGAUGUGCAGCUCGAAGGAGGCUGCAACUAUGACUAUAUCCUGGUUUAUGAUGGCCCUGAGUACAAUUCUUCUCUCAUUGCACGGGUGUGUGAUGGGUUCAAUGGAUCUUUUACCUCAACCUGGAACUUCAUGUCCGUAGUCUUCAUCACGGAUGGCAGUGUGACAAGAAGAGGGUUCCAGGCUGACUACUACUCUACCGCCAUCAGCACCAGCACAAAUGCCUGUGCAGUGUGCUCCAGGGUUCAUCAGCAUUUCUACACUUUUCUGUUUGCAGAGUACACCUGUGGAGGUUUGUUGACCCAAGCCUAUGGGCAAUUUUCCAGCCCAUACUACCCCUCAAGCUAUCCUAACAAUGCCAGAUGUUUGUGGAAAAUUUUGGUCCCCAGCAUGAACCGUGUGACAGUGGUCUUCACAGAUGUGCAGCUUGAAGGAGGCUGCAACUAUGACUAUAUCCUGGUUUAUGAUGGCCCUGAGUACAAUUCUUCUCUCAUUGCACGGGUGUGUGAUGGGUUCAAUGGAUCUUUUACCUCAACCUGGAACUUCAUGUCCGUAGUCUUCAUCACGGAUGGCAGUGUGACAAGGAGAGGGUUCCAGGCUCACUACUACUCUACCGCCAUCAGCACCAGCACAACUCCUCCAACACCAUUCCCUACCAUAGCUGGAAAUGAUUCUUCAUUGGUGCUGAGGCUGGUAAAUGGAACAAACCGAUGUGAGGGCCGAGUGGAGAUCUUGUACAGAGGCUCUUGGGGCACCGUGUGUGAUGACAGCUGGGACAUCAAUGAUGCCAAUGUGGUCUGCAGGCAGCUCGGUUGUGGCUCUGCUGUGUCUGCCCCAGGAAAUGCUAUGUUUGGACAGGGCUCAGGCCUCAUUGUCCUGGAUGAUGUGUCUUGCUCGGGUUAUGAGUCUCAUCUGUGGAACUGUCGCCACCCUGGCUGGCUUGUCCAUAACUGUCAACAUUUUGAGGAUGCAGGAGUCAUCUGCUCACUCCCUAAUCAGCCUUCUUCCAGUCCAGUUUGGUGGAGUACGCCAGGUCCUUCCUAUGUAAACUAUACUUGUGGAGGUUUCCUGACCCAACUCUCUGGGCAAUUUUCUAGCCCACUCUACCCUGGGAACUAUCCUAAUAAUGCCAGAUGUUUGUGGAACAUCGAAGUCCCAAACAACUACCGUGUGACUGUGGUCUUCAGAGAUGUGCAGCUGGAAGGGGGCUGCAACUAUGAUUAUAUAGAGAUUUUUGAUGGUCCCCACCACAGUUCACCUCUCAUUGCCCGGGUUUGUGAUGGAGCCAUGGGCUCUUUCACCUCAACAUCCAACUUCAUGUCAAUUCGCUUCAUCACGGAUCACAGUGUUACUCGAAGAGGGUUCCAGGCUGAUUACUACUCAGACUUUGACAAUAACACUACCAAUCUCCUUUGUCUGUCAAAUCACAUGCAAGCCAGCGUGAGCAGGAGCUACCUUCUGUCCAUGGGCUAUUCUGCCAGGGAUCUUGUCAUUCCUGGUUGGAACACAAGUUACUACUGUCAGCCCCAAAUAACACAGAGAGAGGUCAUAUUCACAAUUCCCUACACAGGCUGUGGCACUACCAAACAGGCUGACAAUGAGACCAUCAACUACUCCAACUUCCUCAAAGCGACUGUUUCAAAUGGCAUCAUCAAAAGGAGAAAGGACCUCCACAUCCAUGUCAGCUGCAAGAUGCUUCAGAACACCUGGGUCAACACCAUGUACAUCACCAACAACACAGUAGAGAUCCAGGAAGUCCAGUAUGGCAAUUUCGAUGUGAACAUUUCCUUCUAUACAUCCUCCUCCUUCUUGUAUCCAGUGACCAGCAGCCCAUACUACGUGGAUCUGGACCAGAAUUUGUACCUCCAGGCCGAAGUCCUCCAUUCUGACUCCUCUUUGGCUCUGUUUGUGGACACCUGUGUUGCUUCGCCACAUCCUAAUGACUUCUCAUCUUUGACAUAUGAUCUCAUCCGGAGUGGAUGCGUACGAGAUGAGACCUACCAAUCCUACUCCUCGCCCUCACCACGCAUCUCCCGCUUUAAAUUCAGUUCUUUCCACUUCCUGAACCGCUUCCCCUCAGUGUACCUGCAGUGUAAACUGGUGGUGUGUCGAGCGUAUGAUGUCUCCUCACGGUGCUACAGAGGCUGCGUAGUGAGGUCCAAGAGGGAUGUAGGUUCCUACCAAGAAAAGGUGGAUGUUGUCCUGGGACCCAUUCAGUUGCAAUCCCCCAGCAAAGAAAAGAGGAGUCUCGACUUGGCAGUGGAGGAUGUGGAAAAGCCAGCCAGCUCCCAGGCAGCCUAUCCCACUGCAGCCAUCUUUGGUGGAGUCUUUCUGGCCAUGGUCCUAGCUGUGGCAGCCUUCACACUGGGAAGGAAGACGCGUGUUGCCCGUGGCCAGUCUCCAAGUACUAAGAUGUGA